GGACGGGCUUUCGAUGUAUGAUGGCAGGUCGGACAUGCACGUUGUGCCCACUAAAACAGUGUAAGACCACAGAUGGACGCCCUGUGUAAUGGAGCCAAGAAACCCGAGGGCAGUGAUCCCGUUUUAGACCCCCGGCCGCCUCCUGCCAAGCUGGCUCGACUGGAACAAAACGGAGCGGGACCCUCGGCCCAGGAGAGGAGCAAUCAGGGGAGUCCUUUGGCCAAAAACCCCUGUCUGGCACAGAAACCCACCGCAGUGAGGCCACAGAGCAAGAGCUGGCACAGCAAAGGGAGCCUGCUGCCUGUGUUCUGUGUGGUGGAGCACAAGGAAAGCCCUCAGGAGGGAGAGAGGAAAGAAGAACACGCUGAGUUUGUGUUGGUCAAGAGAGAUCUGCUGUUCAACCAGCUGAUAGAGAUGGCCCUGCUGACACUGGGCUACUCACACAGCUCUGCUGCACAGGCCAAAGGUCUCAUCCAGGUGGGAAGGUGGAACCCGGUGCCUCUGUCCUGUGUAACAGAUGCUCCUGAUGCAACAGUGGCUGAUAUGCUGCAGGAUGUUCACCACGUUAUCACCCUUAAAAUACAACUGCGCAGCUGUCCCAAGUUGGAGGACUUGCCUCCCGAGCAGUGGAGUCACUCCACAGUGAGAAAUGCUCUGAAGGAGCUCCUCAAGGACAUGAACCAGAGCUCCCUGGCCAAGGAGUGCCCCCUUUCCCAGAGUAUGAUAUCAUCUAUUGUAAAUAGCACUUACUAUGCAAAUGUCUCAGCUGCCAAGUGUCACGAGUUUGGUCGAUGGUACAAGCACUUCAAGAAGUCCAAAUGCUUCAAGGAGAUUGACAGCGUCUCUGACCAGUCCACACACAUCACCCUCACGCAGCAGUCAAUCACAAGUAGCCCAGCCGAUCAAAGCUCAACCCUCUUUUUCUCUCACGGAGAAGUAGCCAACAUAUGCGGCCAUUCCCCCCUCGGCCUGCGACCACCUGGGAUGGUAACCCAGCCUAUCAGCUCCCAAAUGGUCAACCAGCAGUUGGUGAUGGCCCAGUUCCUCAACCAGCAGUAUGCUGUUAGCCGCAUGCUAGCUGGCCAGGGUCUCUCACCGUCCCCACAGCAGUAUCUCAACCACCCGCCUGUAGGAAGGGCUCCCCCCGCCAUGGUCUUCUCCAAAGCCCCUGAUUCCCAAGCCCCACAGCAGGCACAGUGUGGCCCAGGGGGAGGUCCUGCAGCCGGGACAUUGGCUGGGUCUUCUGUGGGGCCAACAGAUGUGCCAAUUGAGAUCUACCACUGUGUGAGGGAGGAACUGAAGAGAGCUGGCAUCUCCCAAGCCAUCUUUGCUCGGGUGGCCUUUAACAGGACCCAGGGCCUUCUGUCAGAGAUUCUACGGAAGGAGGAGGAUCCUAAACAAGCCUCCCAGUCUCUGCUGGUCAACCUGCGGGCUAUGUACAGCUUCCUGCAGCUGCCCGAGGUUGAGAGGGAGCGCAUCUACCUGGAGGAGAAAGACAGAAGCCUGACUGGAUUUACACCAAGCUGCAACAACACCCCACCAAGAUCCACACAGUCAAGACUAUCCCCAGUUACAGGAGACAUAGGGUUGAGGACAGACAGUUGUGUUCUCAAUGUCAGCGCUUCUAUCUACGAAGACAUCCAGCACGAGAUGAAGAGAGCCAAGGUGUCUCAGGCUCUGUUUGCAAAGGUGGCCGCCUCCAAGAGUCAGGGCUGGCUGUGUGAGCUAUUGCGUUGGAGGGAGGAUCCCAACCCAGAGAACCGGACCCUGUGGGAGAAUCUGUGUAUGAUCCGCCGGUUCCUCAGCUUGUCCCAGACUGAACGAGAUGCUAUCUAUGAACAGGAGAGCAGCAACACGACAGCACAGCAGCAAUGCGCUGACAGGCUUACACUGCUCAGCAAUGACAAUACACUGUACCAACGCAACUCUCCGCUGCCACAGCAACACCACCUUCAACACCAUCUUCAACCCCAUCAACCCCUGCAGCCAGAGGCAGGACCUCACCUGUCUCCACGGCAACCAUGUGCUGCGUCACCAGCUGAGUCGGAGGCGGGGAGCAACUGGGGGCACAUAAGAGUACGUCUACAGGGCAGGGGCCGUAGUAAUGGUGAGAGAGGGGACAGCAAGGACUGGGUUGAGGGGGGACAGGGAGAGAGAAGUAGUUUGGGAGGGGACUGGGGUUGUACUAGUAGGGUGAGGGACAAGGGUACAGAAAGCAAGGAGCAGGUGAUGGAUGGAAAUGUGGGUGACGAUGAGAUUAACGAAAUCCUCGGAAACAGCAAAGAGGAAAAGGAGAAGCUCUCUAUGAAGUGGUCUGGUGUGAAGGAUGAGGACGGAGGCGGGGUCAGGGUUUGUUCAGAGGCAGAUACUGAGGUCGAAGGUGCAGAUGAGGUCCAAGGUGAGGGGUUAAGAGUCUCCCACGAAGCACUGGGAAUCCUGCAGAGCUUCGUUCAGGAUGUUGGCCUCAACCCAGACGAGGAAGCCAUCCACACCCUGUCGGCUCAGCUGGGCCUGCCCAAACACACCAUCCGUAGAUUCUUCAACAGCCAGGAUCACGACCGGCAUCAACAUGACAGCCAGAGCCCAAAACAGAUUAGAAACAACCAGCAUGGCUGCACAGACCCAAACCUCUCGCAGACGGACAUAACUGCAGAGGAACAUAAGGAGGAGGGUGAUAGAAAGACUGAAACAGAAGAAAGGGAGGAGGAGGAGGAUAAACAAACAAGGAGAGAUGAAGCAAGCAACAUUACUGCUUUAAAAGAAUCUGAAGUUGGCACUCAAACCAUCUGCCCGAUGAAGGAGGAGCAGGAGAGCUACAUCUAA